CACACAAAAUGACUCAAAAUUAGAAAAUCUCAUCAAAAUAACUUGAAAUUGAAAAUACAAUACCAGAAAUACGAAGUUCCAUAUUAAUAAUAAGAUUAGUUAAUACAUUUCAAUUUUCGAGUUCGACUUCGAUCCUAUCCAUUUUGAAAUCCGUUAAAUUUUAGAUUUCAAUAAUGAAACGAUCAAGAAUGUUGCUGAUAAAAAUGCUCAAAAACCAAAAUCUUUUUUUUUCAAACUGGAAAUUUCUUUUCCAAAAAAAAAAUCCAAAAUGGCUCAAAACGAAAUGAAAAGAAAAGGAAAAUAAAAUUCAUUUUGGAAAAAUCAAAAAAAAUUAAUUUUCGGUUUUCCGCGGUUUUCCGAUUUCUAGAAUUUCUGACAGAGUAGGGUACUACAAACCAGGUAUGUCAGACGGCCAUUUUGUUCCAGGUUUGACGAACUUAGCAUUGCAGUAUGUGGGAAUUCGGCAAACUUUAACCGCGUAUAUCUUCAAAACUCCUCACUUUUACAACUUUUUCAUAAUACCAUCUUUGAAAGAGAAUUGAACGAGCUUUCCAAUGGUAUGCUACAUGUAUCAAUUGAAGUACAUUUAAUUUUUUUGAAUUUCAGUCAUUUUUCAGCACUUCAUUUUCGGGUUAAAAAUAGUUUGAAAUUGUGUGAAAUUCACAGCAUGUGCUCUAAUUCAAUGAUUACUUUCAUUCUAUGCCAGAAAUUCCGUCAUAAAAACCUUGAAUUGAAAAACAACAAUUUUUGAAAGUGAGGAACAAAAUGGGAGUCUGGCAUACCCGGGUUAUAGUACCUCAGACAGAGUUGAUUCAGUUGAUAUUGAUAACUGGAAUCAUCUCUCCUUCCAGAGUUUUAAAUUUUGUUAUAACUAAUUAAUGACUAUGACAGUGUUACUACCUAAUGAUGCAGAUUUCGUACAACUACUUCUAGAAAAACUGAGUACAGAAGAACGUUGCAUCGCUAAAGUGCCCGAAAUAGCCAGACAGAUUAUAGACCAAUUAGUUUUGUUGAAUGAUGUGGUCGCGGUCGAGGGUGAGAAUGGGAACAGGAUCGAUCUACUCGCAUACAGUAAAAUGGCUACACACUUGUUGCUUCUUAAUCACGAUUUCAUCUUAUCCCACCCUACCGUUUUUGAUUCACUGGAUGCCGGAACUAUGGAGUACCAGUAUACUUUCCGUUACCAAACUGAGUUCGUUUUUUUAGUGGAUUAUAAAGUCGUCGAUUCCGAAAAUGUCCGCGUGAUAGUAUCGCGAAAGUUGAAUAACAUCUUUCAAGACGGCGUUCCUAUGUGGUUCCAUGAGUUACCUCAAUUUUCGGAGGAAUCUGCGCUCAACGACGGAUACAAAACCGAGAAAGUCCUGGUCGCAUUUUUAAAAAAGAUUUGCAAAUUAUGGACCAAACUUUGAGAAACACUAUAGUGAAGCGGAAACACCAACUGAAUGACGACAGUGGGCAAGCAGUGGGCAAGGUCCAGCGGUUUUGUAUAGCUCGUUUUCUUGCUGAUCACGCAAACCAGGUCAACACGAAUGCUCCAAUUCAAUGAAGAAUUGCCUUUAUAACGAUGAUGUUUAUUCAAUCAAUGUUAGAAAUAGAAACACUUUUCCUGUAUUUCCAGUAUCUUAUCAUCUAAUACAUGUUACAUUAUUGAGAUACAUUUGAUUUGAGUCAA